UGACAUUGCUCAGGGCUGCUCCCAGGCACAGAUCAAAUAACUGCGCAAGGCUUGCGCUGUGAGCAAUCGAGAAUGUUCUCGGUGUUGUUUGCUCAACUGGGUGCAAUCACGCCAGCUGAACGCAAUGCACAGCAGGUUGUUUCUAGCCAAGAAUCAGUUCAGUAUGACUCUUGUUCUUGACGAUCUUGUGUGAGAAUAAAGGCACACACAGGAAAUAGCGGUGAAAAUGAAAGGAAUAUGUAUUCUUUUAUUUUUCGUACCUACGUUCGUUUUGGUGUCCAGUGCUCCAGCUGAACCAAACCAAACACCAGUCUCGAAAGCGAUCGCCCUCAUCCACCACUUAUCGUACCUGAUCGACUACCUGGUGCAGUUCGUCCUGGGAAGCGGGAAUGACCGCAAAACACCACCGGAAGCGGCCGACUACUAUCAGACCGCACUGGUAGAGGGCAAAAAUCCAGCGAGCAAAGAUGAGGCCGGCCUAAAGCCGGAUAAUGCACGCGCUCGGCAGGAAACGGAAAUUAUACACAAAAUGAUGAAGGUUUAAGUGUGUACCGUGCUCACCCUCAGUGCUGUAAAGACUACCGCGCAUUUAUUGAACUCAUUGAAGACAGGGUGUGAUCGUUUGCAUCUCUCUUGCCAAAUCAUGAUGAUGACAAAACCUAAAUCGAUGCCGUACAAACACCUGCGUGUGUGUGUGGGCAGUGUGGUGGAAAUUUUUAAUAACCAUAACCCCCAUAGAUCACCGGGGCAGAUUUGUGUUGGUUUCAAUCCUUGACAUGAUUGCAACGGUGCCGUGCUGUGACAUCGACAGCCCAUCGUCACAACGCAAAUCGAUCGCUGACCACCGACGUAUCUGAGGUUUUCGGCCGGCGACUCCCUUGGAGAAGGUUCAUUAGUAUGCUCAGCCGAUCAUUAAGCG